AUGACCAGGACAAAAAAAUUGAGUCCAGAUGAUGAUAUGGAUAUUGAUAAUGAUUUUUCAGCUGACGUUGAGGAUUCAUCUCCUGAACCACAAAGUAAUGACGAUGAUUUAAAAACACAUUAUUUUAUCACUCCGAAUACGAAUAAAGAUCCAUCAUUAUUAUAUCGAGUUUAUUGUAAACUAACAAAUCAAAAAUCAGGUGUCACGAAACAUGGAACCCCAUUUUUGAAUUUAUUUAGUGGGAAAGAAUCAUCUGCUGACACCCAACAUCGUUUUGAUUUAUACAAUCAAGUAUGGCAGCAUCAAUUAGAGAAAAUUCAAUCUAUUUUGAAUAAUGCAAACAAUGAUUUAUUUCAAGAUUUAGUCAAAUUUAUAAAACUUGGAACUUAUGAUAAGUUAUCAGUAGGAUAUGUUCAAUUGACGUCAAAUACUGCUAAUAACUUGAGAAUUUUAGAAGAAUUUUACGGUUCCCUUGAAAAGAGAAAAGAUUUUGAAUAUAAAUUGAUAACCCUUAAUUCAAAAAAUUUCACAUAUAACAUCAAGACUACAUUAAGAGAUAUGGUUAAACAAUUCAAUGAAUCAUUUAAUACACCUAGAGAAAAUUUCCGACUCAAUUAUGACCUCGAUACCAUUGCUGAUUGGUUUGAUGCAGAAGAAUCGAGAAAUACUAAACUUGUACUUGUUCUAGAAGAUACAAAUUUAAUUAAUAACCAAUUACUUAAUCAAUUACUCAAAGUUUUACAAGCAUAUGUCGGUCGAGUUCCAAUUAAGAUUUUGAUGGCAUUAUCGUGUGAUACCGUUGGUUCGUGGAUAAAUAGUAACGUGGCUAAUGAAUUAAGAAUGUGUAUUGAAGGGUACAAGUUUAAGAGUAAUGAUAAUAAGAGUUUGGGUUAUAUUAUAUUAAACAAUUUAUUUUUAACUCCGGAAUUGACUUCUGAGAAUCCGUUGUUGAUUAACAGUACCUUGAGUACAAUUAUUCUUAAUCGAUUUGAAAAUUCAAAUAAUUCUGUUGAUGCAUUGAUUGCAGAAAUUAAAUUGUGUUAUAUGAUUUAUUUCUACCAACUGCCAUUGUCAAUCCUUAUAGAAAAAGAUCCACCAUCUGAGAUUUACGUCGAUGGGUUGAGAAAAUUACCAUCAUUUAAGAAAUAUAUUGAGGUGAAACUACAUCAAGGCGAUCCACAAGUUGCCGAGUUAUUGCAACAAGAUGAUGCUGUUGCUAGACUAUUUCAACAGGCUCGAUCAAAUUUCCGUAAGUUUAAGUUGAUUGUGAUGAAUGCUAUCAAUAUCAUUUAUCAAUUGCAUCCAAAUAAACCAAAACAAAAAUUUGAAUUGUACAAGUUGUUGAUUAAUGGUAAACUUUUGAAUUCCAAAUAUUUGUUUGAAUGUAUUAAAAAUUUACCUAAACUUCCUCACGAUAUACUAGAAAGGGUGAUUUUGGGAUUGACAGAGAACUGUAUAGAAGUUGAAGGAGAUAUCAAAGAUGACCAUCUAAUCCGCCUUAUCAAAGAUUUGGGAACACUUGAAAACUUGCAUGAUAUUAAAGAAGCUGUUCAGAAUUAUUUAGAUAAUCAAUUAUUGAGUCUGCCUCUUGAUUAUUUUGUUUUCCAUGAAGUUUUCACUCUUGAUGGUGGUACUAUUAGUGAGAAACAUGGUAAAGUACAAUUAGAAGAGAAUUAUGAUAAUUUAAUGAGUAAUUUAAUUCAAGCAGAAUUGCGUGGGACUAUAGAAAGAGGAUUGAACCAAAGCGAGUCCUACCUUGCGAAUGAAUUGAUAAACGUGAAAUCAAAGUGUUUGCCACCAGUAUUGUGCCAUAUUUUCAAAUUGUACAAAGAAGCACCAUCUAAAAUCAAUAUACUGGAUUUCUACCUUGCAUUCAAAGCUACAUUAGAUGAACAAGAAUAUUGUCCACCAGGAGAAGAUUGGAAUAAAGUCACGUAUGCUUGGUUUCUUCAGGCUGUUCAAGAAUUAAAUCAUGUCGGGUUGUUACAUCUCAAAACAGAUGGUCUUGAAAAAACAAUCUGGAAAGGAGUAUAG